UCUACAGUACUGACAACAUUGCCAUCACUCAGUGCUGACAACAUUGAAAACGACUUCCUUUUGCCUUUUCCUUUUCUCUUUCAACGUGCAUUGUGACAAGUAAAGAUGCCUGCCACGGCCGCAAAGAAAACCGGAGCUAAAAAGCUCCCAGCUGUGCCCGAGUCCAAAUUGAAGUUCAGCAAGAAGCAACUGAGCAAACGUGCCCUCGAAACCAAAAGGAAGUUGAAGCGUAAUGCUAUUAUUGCUUUGCGUAAACGUGAAAAUUUGGUGCGUGCUGAAAAAUACCAAAGCCAAUACAUUAAGGCUGAUAGACGCGAAAUUAAAUUGCGCCGCUUAGCCAAAAGCCGUGGUCAAUUCUAUGUGCCCGCUGAAGCUAAAUUGGCUUUUGUGAUCCGUAUUCGCGGUAUCAACAAAGUUGCCCCCAAGGUACGCAAGGUAUUGCAAUUGUUCCGCUUGCGUCAAAUCAACAAUGGUGUCUUCAUCAAAUUGAACAAGGCUACCAUCAAUAUGUUGCGUAUUGCUGAACCCUACAUUACCUGGGGCUACCCCAACCUGAAGUCGGUGCGCGAAUUGAUCUACAAGCGUGGUUUCGUCAAGCACAACCGUCAACGUGUGCCAAUCACCGAUAACUUUGUGAUCGAACGUAAGAUGCGUCAAGCUCAUCAAAUCCAAUGCGUUGAAGAUUUGGUUCAUGAAAUCUUCACCGUUGGACCCAAAUUCAAGAACGCCUCCAACUUCUUGUGGCCCUUCAAAUUGAACACUCCCACUGGCGGCUGGCGCAAGAAGGCUAACCACUAUGUCGAUGGUGGUGACUUCGGUAACCGUGAAGACAAGAUUAACAAACUACUCCGCAAAAUGGUCUAAACAUCGAUAGUGAUUGGUUAAAUUUUUUUUACUACCAAUCUAAGAUUAGUUUGUACAUCAUCUUGUAAAGUCUGUUUGUUUAGUUUUUCCCAAAAUAAUGACAAAAACAACAACAAUAUAUACACACCACUAAAAGGAACAGGAUGCUGUUUGAAAAUUUUUUUAAAACGUUUUUGAACGUUUGUAAUGGAUUCUUUUUUCUAUUGAUAACAAUGUGUGGAAAAAAUAAACAAAAGGAUGGAUAUUUUUUAA